UGUUAUUACAUAUCUCUUCAUCAUCUGCACAUUAUUUAUUUGUGCUUUAUUCCGUUUUGUUACUGAAGUAAGUAAUAACUGAAUUAUUUCAAUGGUGUACAAAAAAUUCAUAAUUUCAGAAAUUGGAGCUCAAGUUCAAUGCUUCACCCUUCAUGUUGGUAACAGGACUUUUCAUCGGCUUUAUGUUUCAUUUGGCUAAUGAGAAAGAUAUCAUAAAGUCAGUAUUUAAGGAACAUCCUAGAUCUUUGCUUAUUUUGGUGGUUCCUGUAAUGAUUUACAAUAUGUGCAUCACUUUCGAUACUACUCUUUUAGGGAAAACUUGGGGACAAAUAUUUGUGAUAGCUUUACCAGGGCUGUUCAUAAAUGUCUGUUUGGUGGCCCUUAUCUUCAGUAGAAUCACAACAGAAUCAACCUUGAACGGUUUCCUGUUGACUAUUAUGUUCGCCCCCAUAUAUCCAAUGGAUAUGAUGGUAUACUUGAAAAACGUUAGUGCUGCUUCUCGACACGUUCUGACAAUUCUUCAAGGAGAAUCAUUGAUCGGCACCUGUAUAACUCUCAUGCUGCAUCACAUCUUAGUGGAGACAGAUACAGAGCAUAUGAGCCAAUGGUGGGAAUAUGUGAAGUUCCUAGUUAGUUUUCUCGUUGGUGGUACAACCAUCGGCUAUGUUUCUGGCAGAAUAAUGGGGAGGAUUAUGUUAUGUUCGAGCAACGACCCCAUCCAAACUAUUUUGAUAUCUUGGAUAGGACCUUUCUUUAUUUAUUUGAUAGUAACCGCUGUACUCGGUUCAGGCUCAGGACUUGUUACGUUGUCUGUACAAGGCAUUGUAGUGGCACAGCAAAAGAGGAGUCUCACCAAAGAGUCAAGAAGGUUUCUUGAGAAGUUUUGGAACUUCCUUGCCCUUUGCUCCAACAGUUGGGGGUUGCUCAUGCUUGGAGUAAUCACUGGUUUCGAUGUGUUGCAGUACAUCACCUACGAAGACAUUGCUUUUGUGUUGUUGGAGUAUCUGAUUAAUGUUGUGGCAAGGUUUUUCGAGUUCAUCUCCAUAUUCUGCAUCUUGAGAAGAGUAGGCUAUGGAAUAACCUUCAAUCACCUGAUAAUUCUGGCUUGGGGUGGCAUUUUAAGCGUUAUAAACCUUUCGAUUAUAGUUCAAACGUACGACGAGCCAAGGUACCAAGACUUCACUAAAGGUGCCCUCUUUCAAGGGGCUGGUGCUACUUUACUGACUAUGAUAGUGAACGUCUCCACUAUACCGUAUCUUUUGAACUACUUGAACUGGAGUACAAUCUCCUUGAUCAAGCAGGCCAAUAUGAAUAAAUGCGUCAAUCACAUCAUGGUUGUCAGAGACCACACUGUAAAUGUGUUGAAGUUGGAAAGGUUCUUCAGCGGAGCAAACUGGCCCUUCAUUCAGAAGGCAACCGUCAUUGAUCAUCCUUUUUGGGUGGAAGACAUGAAGAAAUACGAGGAAUUGGAAAAUGAGAUUGAAUUUGAGAAAAUAGUGUUUUGUCCAGAGUGUCGACAUGAUGCCACUAUCCUGCCCACUAGGAGGGAGUUGGAGGAUUUGACAAGGGAAGCCAGACGGCGAAUAUUGAAGGUCAAGCAAGUCUCCUAUUCCAGGCAGUAUGAAAACGGGAUGCUGACCUAUGAAGCUUCGAAAAUUCUGAAUAACGAGGUUGAUUAUGCCAUGGAAGGGGACUUUAUGAUACACACCGAGAAUCUGAUAAAGCUCUUUCGACCUCCAAUGCGUCUUAUUCGUUUCCGGUUCUUCCUCUUUAGGAUGUUCCACGACGACCAAGAGGACAGACUGAGGAAAAGACCUAGGGUUCUCUUCAGAAAACUCUGCUACACCUUGGUGUUCAACCAUCUCUUCGACGAUUUCAUGUGUAUCAUCGUUUUGGCCAACGCCACCUUAUGUCUGGUUGAAAUCAUCUUGAGGUUCCAAGAACCACAAAGAUGGAACAGAGAUUUUGCCCUAUAUCUGAUCUUCAAGGGCUUAUCCAUGAUAUUUUUCACGAUCUAUCUGUUGGAGUUCCUCAUGAAGGUCUUGGCAUUAUCGUUCGUUUAUAUUUGGAAAGAUGGGGUCACCACUUACUUUAGAUCCAAAUGGCGCAGAUUCGAAUACUUCUGCCUUCUCAUCUCGCUUAUAAUCGUCAUCUACGAAACCGUAGAAAUAUCUUCGAAAAAAAUCGACCAAAACUACCCAAGACCACUUCCAGUCUUCAUGUGUUGCUUGGGCUUCUUCAGAGUAGUCAGACUAACCAGGGUGGUGUACAGAAUUCACCCUUUCAUAGAGAGGUGCAUCGACGGAAGGAUAAACUACAAGAUAACCCUGGCCUACUGCGUUGGUAAAGGUUACAUAAUAGGUGAAGAUGACGUCCUUCACAUCUUGCCGAACGUCAUGCUCAAGAAGCAGUUGAUAGAAGACUUGAAACGCGAGAUGGAGAAUGACAAGGCUGCUAUAUCUAAAGAAUUGAGUUUAGUGCAGAGGGAGAGGCCUCUGGUGGCUAUUAAUGUGAAGACUAGGGAGGCAAUCACCAAUAUUUUAGAGGGGAUGAAUGAAGCUGUUGUCGAAUUGAAACUUAUGGGUUGGAUAGACGAGGUGGAGAGAAGCGCUUUGAGGAAGGCUAUAGGCAAGCAAGAGAGCGUUGCAAAACGUUUGGGUUUCGUAGCGUCCAACACCCUCCAGCGGUUAUUUGAAGACGUCCAUUGGAUGGGAAAAAAUGACAAGAUAGUGAAGUACCUCUGGUCGCACUCGAAAAAAAAUCGAUACGAAUCUGGUGAAUUCGUGUGUUUGAAAGACGAAGUCCCAGAAGGGGUGUACGUGAUUAUUUCAGGUCUUUUCAAGUCGAUCUAUAAGCCAGAUGAAGAGACCCUGAAGAAUUUUUACAGAUGUGGUAGUUUGCCUGUCAUAGAUAACAUCUCUUGCUUUGACAUCGAAGAGGAAAUUGAGGAUUUUUAUUUGAGUGGCAACACUUUCGGAGAGCUGGCUUUAUUGAGCCAGAGGCCCUGUUCCUGCUCUAUAAUUUCGGAUUGUCAGAGCCAAGCCUUCCUGAUUAGAAAGGAGUAUAUUCUGGAAGCGAUGAAGAUGGACGAUGAUCCAAUAGAUGGUCUGAGUGCGAGAAUGUGGACAUCAAUAUCCUUGAGACUAGCCUUCGAAGUUUUGGCAAAAUCUCCCAUAUACUUCUCCAUAGCCAUGAAGGACAUAGAAUAUUCUUUGUUGAGAGCAGUGAUGCCAGAUCUGGAAGGUAUCAAAAUAUUCUCUACCAGUGACAUCAUAGAAGAUAUUGUCCUAAUAAACGGCGUUGUCAUGGAUUUUAAUUCGAGGAAGAUAUUCUAUGCUCCCUUCCACAUACCAAGGAAUGUUAAAAAAAUUGUCUUCCCACCAAGUAGUUCUAUGGAUUUGCCGCUAUCCGUAGCUGAGAGAAUACAGACGAAACUUUUGCUGAUUGUUAGGGAUGAUGUUGAUAGGAAUGACCUUAUGGCUCAUAUAGAAGCCAACUGUCUAUUUGAGAUAGAUGCCAUCUGACAACAGUGAAGACAAUUUUAUUUUUAAGCGAUAAUAGUGUUUUACCAUUUGUAAUUGAAUUGAAAUAAAAGCUUAUAACUUUUA